ACCAUGGAAGUAGAUUAGUAAUAAGACCUUAAUACAACAAGACAACUGUUUCUUUUCCCCAGUGCUAGCAGGGCUACACUACCAGAAAUACCAGCACCAUGCGGACCCUCCUGGCUUUGUUUGUCCUGGCCUCCUUGGCUAUUCAGACUGUCUUUUCUUGUUCUGUGUGCAAAGGCGAGGGCUUGAAAUGCCACACCUGCGUGUCAGCCAAUGAGGAUGAAUGCAAUCGACAAGGAUCGCAGAGCUGCCCCCAGUUCGCAGACGCCUGCUCCACCAUCACUGGAACAAACACAGUCAUGAAGUCCUGUACUUACAAGGCCUUCUGUGACAAAGCCCACCACAGCAACUCUGGCAUGAAGAUGGACUGCUGCUUCACAGAAGACUGCAAUGGACCCCACAAAGGAAAGAGUGCCAGUCAUAACGCUGGGGCUGCCCUUCUCUACAACCCCACUUUAAUGUUCGGAGCUUUGCUCACCAAGCUGGCAUUCAGCAGACUCUAAAAAGCAAAACCAACCCAACCCUAAAGCUAGUCCCUCCCACCUUCCUCAUGCAGGGGUGUAUUGAUUUGCUGUAGGCACAAAAUGCACCGUCUUGAAAAGCAGUGACAGGACCUUUUCCUGUUGUCAGAUGCAGUAACCGUAAUUCUAUGUGCAGCGGUUAAGAAGCCAGGACUUUAGAGCACACUGGCUUCUUUUUAUUAAAGCUAUCAAACUAAAUUUCAUAAAAUUUUAAAUGCAUCCUCUUGUCAGUCAUAUAUUACCAUGUUUUUUUUUCAUAACCCAGCAUGAGAGCAUAGAAAAGGUUACUUUCAGAUUUACUACAUUGUUAUUAGCUUUUAGUAACUAUUGCUUUAACCAAACCCUGUUGUCUCUGCUAUGUUGUAUGCUUAUACAUUUGCUCAGUGACAACUUCUUUUAAACGCUGUAACAUUAAAGAAAUCUGUAGUGAUUUUAAUUGUAGAAAGAAUUAGUGUGGAAGUAUCACUUAAGUCAGAAAUGGCUUAGCCCUUCUAACCCUGAGGAACUCCUGUAAACAAUGACAUACUUCAUAGUAUCCAAAACGCUCCUAGUGUUUAAAAUCAAUGGCUCAAGAAAUCUCACACUCUCUACAGUAUCUGAAAAUCUGAUUGGGGGAGUUAAGAAAACGUGUCAUGUUGUUACGAUACAAAUAUUGCUCAUGCAAAAUAAACACAGGGUGAGAAGAACUAUACAGACACAUUGUACAGCAAGUAGUGUAUUCUGCAGAUAUUGCAAAAAUGGUUUUGCAAUUAGACUCACGAAAUAGUCUGUGAACAUUGCAGAAAGUUAGUGUUACGCUGAAGUGAAAGGAAAAACUGCCACCAAAAAAAAAAAAAAAAUACCACACCACUGUAGGUAAAAAAAAAAAAAAGAAUUAAAUAAAUACAAUUCUAUAAAACAGAACAUUAUUGUGGAACAGUUUCAAACAUAAUACAGCAAUACCACUAUGUAGCAUGAAAAUCUGCAGUAACAAUCUGAAGCUAUUUUAUAUGCCAGUGGGAUGAAGACUUCAAGAAGGGAGGAGUGCCUGUUGCUAAAACUACUUUUAUUGAAUGUAAACAAACUGUCAAGUCCCGCUUUUUAAUAAAGUAAAGCCCAGGAGGCAAUGAAAGGAGGUCGUAUCUACAGAGCACACUUCUGAGCGACUGAAUUCUGUUCUGAGAAUAAGCAGAAGGCUCUAGUGCGGUCAUGUUCGUUUUUCAUGUAAUAUGACCCACAUGAAAAAUACUGUACGAGUUCAACCACAGUGAAAAAGCGCUACCAAGCAACAUGUUACAUUACUGCACUGAUUACUGCAACCCACAAUGACACUACCAUACAUUAAUCCUACAGUAGCGUCCUAUAGGAUAAUACAGUGCAGACUAAUGUAGUAGACUACAUUCUUUAUCAUUGGGCAAGGGCAUUUUGAGAUAAGGAAUGACGGCUAUUUGUUGCCUCAAAUUAAUGGCACUGUUGCCUAGUCCUAGUGAACUACAUCAUUUAUGAUACAGUACAUUCACAGACAGGUGGAAUCACUGAAGGUAUGCUCCAGGACUUCCAAAUAGAGAAUCCUGAAAAGUCACACUAGCAGUAUUUAUAGCUGUUUUUGUCUUUCUUAGCAUAUCAGUGCUUUCACCCGAGUUCAGGAGAUGCUCUUCAUUUCAAGCUGCUUACCAGAGACAAACUGUAUAACACAGGCUAGAUUCAGCAAAGCGUCUUUAUAGGAUGUAAGAGACAGCACCAAAGAAAAGUGGUUUUCAACAUUUCCAUCUCAAAUACCAGUGUUUCCAUCAGGGACCAUCAGGUGUACCAGUAACUAUGUGAGAUCUUAAACAACUGUUAUAAAACCUACCCCAUUACAACUGUG